UACAGCCGACCGGCUCCUCCACAGCCACACACAGCGCGCCCUCAUCACAGCAGCCAGCCGGGGCGGGACGAUGAAUAGAGCCGUGUAAACGCGUUAAUCUCACAGCGGCUCGGUUUUUAUCGUUUUAAAGAUGUCCGUGGUCGGGUUCGACGUUGGUUUUAUGAACUGCUACAUUGCAGUCGCCCGAGCUGGAGGGAUUGAGACGGUAGCGAAUGAAUACAGCGACCGGUGCACGCCAGCAUGUGUGUCUUUCGGACCACGGAAUCGAUCAAUUGGUGCAGCUGCAAAAAGCCAGGUGGUCACUAAUUCUCAGAACACCGUCCAGGGAUUCAAGCGGUUCCAUGGGCGAGCUUUCUCAGACCCGUUUGUUCAGGGUAUGAAAUCUAGCCUCGUUUACGAGCUUUCACAAAUGCCCACCGGAACAACAGGAAUCAAGGUUACGUACAUGGAGGAGGAGAAGGUGUUCAGCAUUGAACAAGUCACCGCAAUGCUUCUCACCAAGCUGAAAGAGACGGCUGAGAGUGCUCUGAAAAAGCCUGUGGCGGAUUGUGUUAUAUCUGUUCCUUGCUACUACACGGAUGCUGAGAGGAGGUCGGUUUUGGAUGCAGCUCAGAUCGCUGGACUCAACUGUUUGCGACUCAUGAAUGAAACUACUGCAGUGGCUCUAGCAUAUGGGAUUUACAAACAGGACCUCCCAGCCCCUGAGGAGAAGCCCAGGACAGUGGCUUUUGUGGACGUUGGCCAUUCAGGCUACCAGGUCUCUGUCUGUGCCUUCAACAAAGGCAAGCUCAAGGUUCUUGCUACAGCCUUUGACCCACAUUUGGGAGGAAAGGACUUUGACGAGGUCCUCGUAAACCAUUUCUGUGAGGAGUUUGGGAAGAAGUACAAGUUGGAUGUGAAAUCUAAGCCUAGGGCUCUGGUUCGUCUUUAUCAGGAGUGCGAGAAGCUCAAAAAACUCAUGAGUGCCAAUUCAUCUGAUCUGCCCCUUAAUAUUGAGUGCUUCAUGAAUGACAUUGAUGUUACUGGAAAGCUUAACAGAGGUCAAUUUGAAGAGAUGUGUGUUGACAUUCUGGCUAGAGUAGAGCCUCCCCUGCGCAGUAUAAUGGAACAAGCAAAUCUGAAGAGUGAAGACAUUUACGCUGUAGAAAUUGUGGGAGGUGCAUCCAGAAUACCAGCAGUUAAGGAGCGAAUCAGCAAAUUCUUUGGGAAGGAACUGAGCAUGACCCUGAAUGCAGAUGAGGCCGUGGCCAGAGGAUGUGCCCUUCAGUGUGCAAUCUUGUCUCCUGCCUUUAAAGUCCGUGAGUUUUCCAUAACGGAUGUAGUUCCUUACCCAAUCUCUCUGAAAUGGAACUCGGCAGCAGAGGAUGGAGUAAGUGACUGCGAGGUGUUCCCCAAGAACCAUGCAGCUCCAUUUUCCAAAGUGCUAACCUUCUACCGGAAAGAACCUUUCUCACUGGAGGCCUACUACAACAACCCUAAAGAACUACUUUACCCAGAUCCCACAAUAGGACAGUACAUGAUCCAGAAGGUGGUCCCCCAGGCCACGGGCGAGAGUUCAAAAGUUAAAGUCAAAGUGCGAAUUAACAUCCAUGGAAUCUUUAGUGUGUCCAGUGCCUCACUAGUAGAGAUGCAGAAGUCUGAGGAGGGAGAGGAGCCUAUGGACACUGAGCAGACUGCAGCACAGACCACAGAGAAGGAAGACGAGAACAAAAUGCAGAUGGAUGAAGAUGAACAGAAGAAUCAGGAUGAUGGACAGAAGGACAAUGGAGAUAAAAAAUCAGAAACGGAAGAAAUGGAGACAUCAGAAGAUGGUAAACAAGAAAAGAAGUCUGAUCAGCCUCCACAAGCUAAAAAGCCUAAAGUGAAGACAAAAGUCUUGGACCUGCCAAUUGAAAACAAUCCACAGUGGCAGCUGGCGAUUGAAAUGCUGAAUCUCUUUGUGGAAAACGAGGGUAAGAUGAUCAUGCAGGACAAACUUGAAAAGGAACGAAACGAUGCCAAGAACAAUGUGGAGGAGUAUGUGUAUGAUAUGAGGGACAAACUGCACGGGAUGUUUGAGAAGUUCAUCACUGAAAGUGACCGAGACACAUUCUCAUUAAAACUGGAGGACACAGAAAAUUGGCUGUAUGAAGAUGGAGAGGACCAACCUAAACAAGUGUAUAUUGACCGACUUACUGAAUUAAAGAAACUGGGUCAGCCCGUUCAGGACAGAUACACAGAAUCUGAGGAGCGACCUAAAGCUUUUGAGGACCUGGGAAAACAGCUUCAGCAGUACAUGAAGAUUGUGGAAGCCUUCAAAAUAAAGGAGGAGCAGUAUGACCAUUUGGAUGAGGUAGAAGUGCAGAAAGUUGAUAAGAUGGUGAGUGAUGUCAUGAUAUGGAUGAACAGCAAAAUGAAUCAGCAGAGCAAGCAGAGUCUAAAUGUGGACCCAGUGGUGAAAGCUGCAGAGAUUACAGCAAAAACAAGGGAGCUGUUCUCAGCCUGCAAUCCCAUUGUGACCAAACCCAAGCCAAAAGUGGAGCUGCCAAAAGACGACAAACCAGCAGAACAGAACGGACCAGUCAAUGGACAGGAGAACACUGAAGCUGAGGCUGGGGACAACGGGAAAGCGCCAGCAGAUGGAGCAGAAGCCACCGACUCCAAACCAGACAUGGACCUUGACUAAGCUGGCUGUGCUCUUCCAUUAUAUUUCCCAGUCACUGCUCAAGUCAUUCCAUCUUCUCCAGCAAGGGGUCGUUUCAACAGUCUGAAUGAUUAGUGGCUACAUGGUGCAUGUUGAUUCUUUUUGUUUAAAAAAAAUGCAUAAAACUAAUAAUAAACUGAAAGCAUAAUGCAAUAAGACUGCUCUACAUCAAUGCUGUGUGCGCACAUGGUUGAGUAUCUGUGGUGUACCGCAAAAUAUCUGGGUCUGUGGCAACUGUUGGGUUUUAAUAAAUAUGAAGUUUAAAGUGUA